AUGACGUACCCGCAACUCGCCGCUCAAGUGGCGCGUCGCUCGCUGCAGCGGCAAUGGCAACCCGAGAUAUCUGUGUGGGUACUACUCGCCUUUACAGUGCUCGCUCUCUUCGUGAGUGUUGCCACAGCAUCACCGCCGCUUCUCAAUACCCAAAGUCCUGCUGUGCUGCAGAAGGAGGAGGAGCUGCUCGACUGCACGGAGCACGAGGCCAUUCCGUUUUAUACAGCCGAGCAGCAGGCAAACACAUUGGCGUUUCUGGCCGAGUUCCCCUACGCUAUCCCCGCUCUCAGCAAUACGUGGAUGUGUCACAACUUCUGCAAGUGGAAUGGCGUGCAUUGCUCUGAAGAGGGUGUUGAGGUGAGCCUUCAUUCACGACGACUUAUCGGCCGGCUGCCAGAAGUCCCCGCUGCUGUCGACCCCGACCACAUUAUGGUGACAAGCAUUGUUUUAAAGGGCAGAGGCGAUGGUAUUGAAAGCACCCUACCAGAGAGCUGGCUUCACCUUACCAAGCUCACAACUCUCCAGCUUAACCUAGAGAACAAGCCACCUGUUUCGACGUCACUGAAGAUCCAAAAUGUGGCCUACAAGAUGCAGCCCAUGAAUACUGCCGCCAGUAGCGUGAACACAAAGGCUUGCUUCCUCCCACGCAAUGUGGUCAACGUGUCCAUCACCCGCAACAGCAUCAGUGGACGCCUUCCACCUCGGUUUCCACUUUGCAAUCCAAAAAUGCAGUACCUCUACCUCCAGUAUAACCCCGACAUCUACGGACCAAUACCGAAGGAAUGGGGUAAAUGGACUAGUCUCCAAAUUCUCAACAUUAAAGGAACAAGAGUCUGCGGCUGCGCCCCACCAGAGUGGGGGAACUUCAACCCUCCAGUAACGCUACUAGCCGAGGACCUAGUAACCCACCCAGAAAUCUGCAACACCAGCUGCCCAGAUAUCAGUACUAGCAGCAGCUCCGCGCCGUCGUCGUCCUCGUCGUCUGCGCCGUCCAGCAGCAGCUCUGCACUGGAGUGUGACGGCCCUAUCCCGUUUUACAGCGAAAGCCAACAAGUGAACACGCGCAGUUUUCUCGAGGCGUUCAAAGAUACAAUCGAGGACCUUCAACCUCUCUGGACGUGUACGAACUUCUGCGUAUGGCCCUAUGUGCUCUGCACCCCUGCCGGCGUGGCUGUGGAAAUUACUGGGACUGAGUUCUUCGGUCAUGUUCCUGAGGUUUCUCCAGAUGUUGACACGGCUGAAGUGGUUGUGACGAAGCUCGAUUUCAGUCACAGUAUGUGGGUCGAGGGCGACUACCCUGCCAGCUGGGCCUCGCUACACUCCCUUGAGCACGUGUCCUUCGCGUACACUGCGAUGUCGGGAACGCUGCCUUCGGAAUGGGGUGAUAUGGACGCGCUGAGGUACCUCGAUUUGAGCUUUACGUGGACUAACGGAAUGUUCCCUCAGAGUUGGAGCCGCCUAGCGAAACUCGAGGUGCUCAACUUAAUGCACCUCACAAUUCCAGACCACCCGCCGGACUCGUGGAGUCACAUGACGGCUCUUCGCGAGCUCAAUCUUGCCAGUACCAGAGCGUCAGGUACACUACCGGCCUCAUGGAGCAGUCUGAAGAACCUAGAGAUUCUCUCACUCUCCAACAAUACCAUGUUCGGGAGUCUCCCAGAGCAGUGGGGAUCACUAAAGCAGCUAGCAACACUCAUGCUCCACGAAAACUACCUUAGCGGUUCAAUCCCCGAAAUAUACAACGAUAUGACAGCCCUCACGCGUGCCAGCCUGGAGAACAACCGAUUCUGUGGCUGCUUGCCGAGCGUCUGGGCAGCACAACAAGGUGUAUCCAUGACCAUCACUGCACAAAAAGAGGUACUCGCUUCUGACUGCGCCACCGCCAACACCUGUGACCCAGAAGCUGUCAGUAGCAGCAGCUCUGCGCCGUCGUCGUCCUCGUCGUCUGCGCCGUCCAGCAGCAGCUCCGCGCCGUCGUCGUCCUCGUCGUCUGCGCCGUCCAGCAGCAGCUCUGCGCCGUCGUCGUCCUCGUCGUCUGCGCCGUCCAGCAGCAGCUCCGCGCCGUCGUCGUCCUCGUCGUCUGCGCCGUCCAGCAGCAGCUCCGCGCCGUCGUCCUCGUCGUCUGCGCCGUCCAGCAGCAGCUCCGCUCCGACGACUACAGAGGAACCUACACCAGAUCCUGUUCUUCCAUCAUCGGCAUCUUCUUCUGUUGAUCGAACAUUUUAUGAUGCGCUGUACUUCUACUGCCCGAACGUAGAGGAGGCUGGUGUGGAGACGAUUCAGGCGCAUAAAGAAGAGAUAUGUUGCAAUGCUUGGGAUGGUGCUGACUACUCCGUGACUUGUGGAGAUGAAAUCAGGGGGUUUUCCAAUGCCAUUGUAACCUGCAGCGGUGCAAUUGGGAGCCGAGGCUACUUCUCCUGUUGUUCCAGGGUGGGAAGAGAUGGCACCGCAACUUUCCUUGGCGAACGCUGUGAAGAUAAACCUGUUGAUGGCGUUGACAGCCACGAGGCUCUUGCGCCAUGGUGGAAUCCCCGUACUAGUGGUGGUGGUCUCUUGCUGACGCUGUUAGCAGUGAUCGUAGUCUGCGUUUUGUAG